AGCCCAAAUAUGUGAGUACAUUACUAGCUGUCUUUGGCCUUAUUUACACGUCUGCCCAAAUCGAACAGCCACGGCAACCAUCCCGCCACCACCUUUACCACCGCCACCGCCACCGCCACCGCCACCGCCGUAAAAGCUCAAGGCUUCAUAGAACAGACACAUUCACACACUUCACUCGCAUAUACACAUUCUUCCAAUUUCCUGCGAAAGCAGUGCUUUAGUAAUAAAAUAUCACCACCCCAGGGAAAAAAACCACUGACAAACACCUCCAGCUCCGCCGAUGUCGGCGGCGAAACCCACACAAACCCCGCCAACAGCUGCCAUCUGCACUCUUCAGGGGUCCCUCCUAACUCUAGCCAUUGUCACUCUUCUCUCAUUCACUUGUCUCUCUCUCAAAUCCCUUAAUUCCCCUUCUAUCUCAUCAUCUACACCACCUUCCACCACUCUUUUCGCCCCUCAGGUGCGUGUUGUAGAUAAAGAUGGAAUCAAUCAAGCCGAGAGGGUAGAGGGGGAAGAUGAAGUGUCGUCCGAUGUAUUUCAUUCGCCAGAGGUAUUUCGGUUGAAUUAUGCGGAAAUGGAAAGGAAGUUUAAGGUGUACAUUUACCGGGAUGGUGAUCCCAAAACUUAUUAUCAGACGCCGAGGAAGCUGACCGGGAAGUAUGCAAGUGAGGGCUACUUUUUUCAGAAUAUUAGGGAGAGUAGAUUCAUUACCGAUGAUCCGGAUAAGGCUGACUUGUUUUUCAUCCCAAUCUCUUGUCAUAAGAUGAGAGGACUGGCUACAUCAUAUGAAAACAUGACCGUGAUUGUGAAGGAGUAUGUUGAGAGUUUAAUAGCCAAGUACCCUUAUUGGAAUAGGACCCUGGGUGCAGAUCACUUCUUUGUAGUUUGUCAAGAUGUUGGAGUCAGGGCAACAGAAGGACUUCCUUUUCUUGUGAAGAACUCAAUACGGGUUGCAUGCUCCCCAAGCUAUGAUGUUGGGUUUAUUCCACACAAAGAUGUUGCUCUUCCCCAAGUGCUGCAGCCUUUUGCCCUUCCACGGGGAGGAAAUGAUGUUGAAAACAGGACCAUACUUGGUUACUGGGCUGGUAGUAGGAACUCUAAAAUCAGGGUUAUUUUGGCACGUGAAUGGAUGAAUGACACAGAACUUUAUGUCAAAGACAGCAGAAUAAGCAGGGCUACUGGAGAACUGGUGUAUCAAAAGAAAUUUUACAGGUCUAAAUUCUGCAUCUGCCCUGGUGGCUCCCAGGUCAAUAGUGCUCGCAUAGCAGAUUCCAUACAUUAUGGGUGUAUUCCUGGCAGCAACCUGGCAUUUCAGUAUUCUUGUGACAGUAGAGUAACACUUUUUGAAAGCAAUGGGGGUUGCACCUUGUCUUUUACCUACUCCUAGUAGGAGAAUUGGUGGGUUCUUAACUUUAUCUACUUUAGCAAUUAAGCAAUCAGAAAAAUUGCACGGGUCUCUUGUUUCUUUGAUACAGAAUCUUUCCUAAUCCAAUUCCAUGCUAGAUUGAAGAACAGAGAGAACAGCCUUAGCACAAGAUGGGUUCCAGAGUUACUGAGUAAUCAAGUGAAAAUACAGUCUGCAGUUUUAUUCUGUUGGCUGGUCACCUGAUUUGGGGAGUCAAGGGUUAAAUUUGUCUUCAGUUGGAGUCUGUGUUACUGACUGGUGCUCCACCUUGAACAUGAUACCCCAGAUGGAGCUUUGUAGUUAUGGCGACAUGUGGCCUGUGUUCUUACACGUUACCCAGCUAAGGGAGAAGUGAUAUCCGAAAAUUGAUUAUUUUCCUGUUUACUAUCAUAUUGUGGGACAUUAGGACUUUGUUUACUAUUGUAUGUCCUAUUUGUGAAUUAUGUGCCUUUUUUGUAUGACUUGGCUCAUUUGUUUCUGGAUUCUUUGUUGAAGUAUCUGAUUAUUUCUCUAAUUGGAUGGGCGUA